AGUUUGCCUUUUGCAGAAAUUAAAUAUCAAGGUCACCUGCCGGCUUCGCUUCGAGCACAACUUCGCAAUCGAAUAAAACCGAACCCUGUUCCGUCACCAUCGUCUGUUGGUGGUACUUCCCGCGGCAGUGACUCGAAACCAUUGACUGAUCUCAUCGCAGAUCACGACUUUGCCGGUGCUCUGAAAGUUGUUUCGAAACAGGUCUCUCACGUAGUUCGUCGACUUCCUGGUUUCCAAGCUGUCAACAUGGAAGUACCGUAUUCGGUUACCGCGCAACUGUUUGCUGGAUUCAAUUGUAUUGACGCUGACUCAAGUCUGUUCAUCAGCGGGCAGGCAGUAGUUUGGACCAUUGAGGUAUUGGCCUGUCUCACCUUAGCCUCCUACACGGAAGACACAUAUGGAUCAGCACAGCGAUCUUUGGGGCGAAUUCUCCUGCUGUUUGUGGAUAGCUUAGAGCUUGCCAUGGCGCAUGUACGCGACUUUGAACUGGNGAACUGGGCUGUCACGAAUACCUUGAGUCAAUUUGGAGAACAUUUGAGCUCUAUUCAAAUGAACCAAAAGGCCAAGGAAAAACUGUCACAUAUCUAUUCCAAUCAAAUAUCCGCAGAUGUGCCGUACUAA